AUUUUGGCGUAAGAAUAAAAGAAAUGGCUGGCUCAAUGGACUUGCGUGCUCGAUACCAAAACCUUAUAUACGCCCCAAACAAGGGAGAGAACGGGUAGAAGAGAACGGGGAGGGAAGAAAAAAAAAUAAAUCAUAAAACUAUAAAAAAGGGAAAAAAAUGAAAUAAGAAACGAAAUGAAAAGCUAGAAACGGGGAGAAGAGAGGGGGGGAAAACCCUAGGGCGCGUACCUGAGGUGACGAUUGAGGCAGCUUGAUGAGACUCAUCGAUGGCGAGAUCCAGCGAUCUGGAGCGAGAGAUCUGGGGGACGUGGGAGGAGCUCCUCCUCGCCUGCGCCGUUAACCGACAUGGCACCCGGAGCUGGGACUCCGUCGCCAUGGAGUUCCAGGCCCGCAGCCCCUUCGCCCAUCUCCUCACCCCGCAGAGCUGCCGCCAGCGUUACCGCGACCUUCAACGCCGCUUCGCCGACGGCAUCGACGGCGGCGACGACGACGACGGCGGUGGCGAUGACUCGGCGGCGGCGGAAGUCCCCUGGCUCGAGGAGCUCCGGAAGCUCCGCGUGGCCGAGCUCCGGCGGGAGGUCGAACGAUACGAUGUUUCGAUCGUGUCUUUGAAAAUAAAAGUAAAAAAGCUCAAAGAAGAGCGCGAACGAAGCUUGCGGGAGGCGAGAUCCGGCGAGCGAGAAAAUGAUCGGAAGGAUGACGAGAAAAUAGACGGCGGAUCACCGGAAUCUACGCCGGGGUCGUUACCCGGAAAUCGGAUCUGUGGCAGAGAUUCCAGCAGGUCGUGCAAGCAGUCCAACUCGACCGAUCUGAAGGAGGAGGAGGAGAAACCCGGAGGGGAGGACGGAAAGCCGGAGGUGGAGCCUGGAUCCUGCGGAGGGGAAGCCGAUCCGGCCGCCGGUGGGGGCGAGAAGGCCUCCGGGGAGGGAUCCUACAACGGGAGCUCGGACACGAUAGCGAAGGGCGCGGCGGCGGCGGUGGCGGCAGAGGCCGACCUACCGCGGCCGCAGAGGGGGGAGUCAGGCGAGUCGGUGGCCGAGUCGAAGGGCGGCGAGGCGGAGGAUGAGGGUCAGAAAGAGAGCAGCGACGUCCAGAGCUCCGCCAGUCUGUCGAGACGGCGGAGGGGAUGGCGGAGGAAGGUGGUUACCGGCUGUAGCGGCGGCGGCGACGAGCAGGAGGACUCCCUCAUCGCCAAGCGGAUCGCCGCUGAAUCACAGCCGUUGGCGUCCUUCUUCGAGAUUAUCCGGUCGAACAAGUAUGGUUCCGUUUUCGAGCGUCGGCUCGAGAGCCAGGAAACCGGUCGAUAUCGGAGUGUAAUUCGUCAACACGUGGACCUGGAGAUGGUGCGAGCGAAGAUGGAGCGCGGAGGCGGAAGGGUGUAUACUAGCGUGGAGUUCUUCCGCGACCUGCUGCUCCUCUGCAACAACGCCAUUGUCUUCUACCCCAAACACUCUCCGGAGUCCACCGCCGCCGUCCAUCUCCGCCAGCUUGUCGCCAAGGAGAUGGCAGCCACAAUUCGGAAGCCGGACCGACUGCCUAAUGCGGUGGAGCCCGCGCCGCUAUCGCUGCCUCCUCCUCAUCAGCCGAAGUUUAAAAAGGAUCCGGACCUGGCCGGCUCGUUAUUUGAGAAGUCCGCCUCCCCAGCUCCCGUAACUGCGUGCCGGAAGCGUAGCUCCAUCUCUACCAAGGCCAAGAAGGAGGAGAGGGACGAGAAGCAUGAUUCGGAUCGGAGGGAGCGGGAGAACGAAGAGCAGAACCUCAGCUCUAAGAAGAGUAAUAACAAAGAAAGAUCCGCGGCAAGAGGCUUGAGGACGAAUAAGAACCGCGGCGGAAGCAGAGCAGGAGGGGCUGGAGGUGCGGCGGCGGGGAAGAGCCUGAACUCCGUUCCCGCUCCGAGCCGUAGAUCCAAGCCUGUGGAGACCACCGCGGCGGAACAGGCGGUUAAGGCGGAGAAGAAGAGCGGCGGUGGGGCGGCCGCAGCCUCCAAGCGAAGCGCCGUGAGCUUCUUGAACCGGAUGAAGCGGAGUUCGCCCUCGCCCAACGGGACGUUGCUGGAGAAGCUGAAGGGAUCGUCCUCCGGGGGCAGUGGAAGAGCGGCGGAACAGAAGAAGGGGGUAAAAGGAGAUGGCCGGAAGGACCAGAGGUCUCGCCAGGGAGGCGGCUCGAACCACUCGAAGAAAGCGUCGGAGCCGAGCGCUCCGGCGAAGAGGAGCGUGGGGAGACCGCCGAAGAGGGCUGCGGCUCCGCCUACACCGCCGCCGGCGAAGAAGGCAAGGGAGGAGGCGGAGGCAGCGCGUGCCAAGCCUCCGCUGGCGUCUUCGAGGAAGCGGGGAAGGAAGUGAGGGCGGUCGGCCGCACUCUCGGUGUAAAUUAAGUACCCUACUGGGGGCUUAGUUGUAAGGGUCUCAUGUUAUUAUUAUUAUUUAUUUUUGGGCC